AUGCGGCAGCAUGUAAACCGAAUGAAAGGCAAGCAGUCCAAGCGGUAUAGGGUAAACAACACUCCGCCACCAUCUUACUACUGUUCAUAUGCUUUUUUAUUCAAUGGAUGAACUAUUGUUUAAUCCACGAAUGAUGGCGGACGUCAACGGCAACAGUAAAAUCACGAAUGCAGAGGUGGAGGUUAAAAAGCUGCAAGAGCUCGUCCGAAAAUUGGAGAGACAAAACGAACAGUUGCGAACGAGAGCAAACGCUGCGAAUAACUGCAUCUCCAGCUCCCGACAAUCAUCAUCACCAUCACCGGCCUGUAUCAUCGGCCCAGACACUGCUUCGUAUUACACAGGGAAUUACUGGAUUUCACCUCUGUCGACACUUUCGUUUGGACUGGGCAAAUCAGAAGAACGCUAUACAUGUUUACAUCCGCCGUCAGUGAGUGAUGCUGAUGUGGAUGAUGAUGGUACUGUAUUGGAUGAGGUUGAAAUUUUGAACCUUGAUGUUAUUCUUCCCUGCGAUGGAGAGUCUGAUCAUAACUGGUUAUAUGUGUCUCCAAAAGCCAAGCUGUUCCCACAUUUUCUCCUGAGCGCUCUACAGUGGUGUAGACAUGUGCUGGACAACCCCAGAGCAGAGGUGGAAUUAGCCAAACGCUCAUUGUGCUACAAACUGGACCAAGCCAAAAGAUGGAGAGGGCUCCUCUCGAGCUGUGUGUCUUCAAGCCUUCUUUACAGCCCUUUGGAUGGAAUCUCAUCUGUGACCAGCUGUUCUAAACCCUUUACUAAACCUGCACUAACUGAACAAACAGAUUCACACUCACAAAACUACCAGCAGUCUGUCACCGUGAGGAACUGCUCAAGUCUAACGGAGAGAUCUCCAACAUUCCUCUAUCACACAGCUACACACAAUAAUGUUCAUCAUCAACGGCCUCUCAGUCCUCAGUCUUCCAUUGACAGUGAACUCAGUGUCUCUGAGCUGGAGGAGGACUCCAUUUCUAUUAGCUAUAAGCUUCAGGACAUGACAGAUGUGGAGGUCAUGGCUCGACUGCAGGAGGAGAGUCUACGGCAGGAGUAUGCGACCAGCGCUGCCACAGCCACUCGCCGUAGCGGCAGUCUUUCUGUGCACACUGGUGCUCGUAGAGGUAGUAUGAGGAGUGAGAUUGACCUGGAAGAAGAGGAGGAGUAUGAUCAGCUGUCGGCUCCUCAGCCGCGAAUCUUCCGUACGGCUUCUAUGCAGCGCAGCACGUCUCACACACAGAACCUCUCCAGCUUGAAAGAGUGCAGACGUAGCCCAUCCAUCCCUCAGCAUCUGAACAGCUUGCCCCACCAGCAGCUUUACAUAUCUAGCCGAAGCUCUAGCACAACAGAGCCCCAGAGUUACAGAGGCAACACAGACAAGUUACGGAGGAGCAUGCCAAACCUAAUUCGAGCUCCCAGCGUUCCCAGUGUACUCAGUGGACCUAAUGUUUCUGCCCUGACUGGCAACAGUGCAACAUCAUCUUUACUCCGAAACAGUCAGAGUUUUGAUUCUCACAAUGGUCUAACCAAAAUACAUUCUGCAAUUCCUUCCCCUGGACAGCUACAGCAGCGAGUUCAGAGCGUGGGUAACUUUUCAAUGACAACACGGCCACAUCCGAAAGCCACAGCAUAUGUUAGCCCAACAAUACAGAGUAACACCACAAUGUCUUCCUCAGUUAGCCUCAACUGUAUUCCUAGUAGUAGUAUCCCUCUGCCCAGCAAACCCAGCACCACCUCCACCACAAGUCGCAGUUCUCUACCUCGACCAGCUUCUUUUGUUGGGACAAGCAGUUCCUCGCGCAGUAAGAUUGCUCAGCCUUUACGCAGUUUACUGACACCCCCAAAGAGUGUAGCUGCUCUGAGCACCCUGCGUGAUGGAAGUUGGAGCAAUGGCUGCUAUUAAACUGAGGAAAUUCUGCUGUGCACACUGAACUAAAAUGUUUCAGACCCAGCUGGCUGGGCACACUUUUUGCUCAUAGACUCACAGAAGUGGAAAUAAGAAACUAACAUAAACAUUUCAGUGAUUUAAAGAGAAGUUGGAAAGUACUGUUAACAAUACAAUUGUUAAUAAUGCAAUACAAAACUACUGCAAUAUGCCUAUGUCUAAAAUCCAGAGCAUCGUGCAAGUGUUUACAUGCAAAUAAUUUCCUUAAUUCUAGCACAAUUUUUAACCACUGAAACCACAAAUGAUAUUAAAGAAUUGGGAAGUGAAAUUAUAAAAUAGACAGUUUUGUUUCUGGGUUGAUGUUCAGAAAAGACAGUAUUGUUUCUGGGUUGAUGUUAUGAUUUAAUCGGCGUAAGUAAAGUGCUCUCCCCCAAAUAGCACUUUUACUGUUAACUUGCAUUAUUACGUUAGAAAAGCUAUUGUGCAAGAUUAUUCUACCAUUUUUGUGACGGCAUAGUUGCAUUGCAUUUUUAAAUGUUUGGCAAUUACUUUGCAACAAGCAAAUAAAGUGAUCAAUUGUUUGAGAUUUAGAGAAUUAAGUGAACUACUGCAUUUGUUAAAGCAACUACAUUUUACAUAAAGGAUUAAAAAGUCUUAAAGUAUAAAUUAUUGCUGUUGGUGUGGAAACAUCAUAUCUCCAUGUUUCAUGAAUUGUUUAAUGUAUCAUAAAUUAUUAAUGUUGGAGUUGCAGGUUUGGAGAUGAGGGCCCCACAGCAACACAAUGCAGCCUUUCUAGAAUGUUUACAUGAUGCUCAUAGAGCACGGUGGUUAAUCACAUUUGCACAUCAGUUAAACAAUUUGUUUCACUUUUUUAGAAAAGGUUUACAAGGGAAGGAAAGUUAAAGGCUUCUGAACUUAAUUAUUUGCUUGAAAAUGUUGAUGAUGUCAAUAAAAGGAAGCUGAAA